AUGCAGACCGCGAAAUCGCAAUCAUCCAGGAAGGUAGGGGCUGGGAAAGGCAUUGAUCUGAACCUUCCGCCUCUCCACAAUAUCGAAGAGAUAUUUGAGGAUAUGGCGUCAAAAGCCCUGAAACUUGGACUUGCGUCAGCCUUGAAGGAUAUAGGCCGCCCUAUAAAUGUCGCUACGAUGUGUUCGGGGACAGAGGCACCGCUUAUAGCGUUGCAGCUCCUUUCAAAAGCCCUUGUGAAAAUGGGGAAAGACCCUAUUCAGUUCGUCCAUCAUUUCAGUGCCGAGAUUGACGCUAUCAAGCAAGCUUACAUUGAACGAAACUUCCAACCAAAAUACCUGUUUCGAGAUGUGAGGGAAUUUUCGAAGGAUGCGGAAUCCGCUGUCACGGCAUAUGGCGCAGAAGUGGAAAUUCCGCGACUUCUCGACAUCCUUGUCGUCGGCUUCGUCUGCAAAGACUUGUCGCGACUGAAUAACCACCAGCGAUCUUUGGAAGAUGGAGGCGAAUCGGGUGAUACUUGGGCAGCGGUACGUGCCUACGCUGAGAAGUUCAGGCCUAGCGUUGUACUUGUUGAAAACGUCGCGAGUACAACAACUUUCUGGAACGGCUUCAAGGAGAGAUGGCAUGCCAUUGGCUACGAAUGUGCAUGGCUCUACCGAGACACGAAGAAUUAUUACUUGCCACAAACUCGCAAAAGGAUGUACAUGGUGGCUAUUGACAAGCACCAAUACGGCAAUGGUGUCGGUGCGGCGGCAAAGCGAUGGCUGGAGCUCAUUCAAGGCCUCGAGCGCCAGUGCAGCAGUCCGUUCGAGUCGUUCCUGAAAGAUGACCUUGACGCAGAGACUUACGCAGCUCGCACCUCUGAAGUCGAAUGGGCUCUGUGUAAACUGAGGUACGACCAGAUUCGAGCAGAAGAAAGGCUAGGAACAAGACGACCUGUCACACAAUGGAGCGAAAACGGCAGUGUGAGACCCCCCGAUAUCGCCAAUCGCAAAUGGUAUCACUCGCAGUCAACGCGCGUCUACGAUGCUAUUGAUGUAGCAUAUCUGCAAGGCGCCGCUGCUGGCUAUGAUGCACUCUACAAGAUGUUGAUUUGGGAUGUCUCACAAAAUGUUGAUCGGUUUCACGGUAGCUAUGGAAUCGUGCCGUGCAUCACACCAAGCGGGUGUGACUUUGUCACCAACAAGCAGACCGCCCUAUCUGGGAGUCAAUUACUUAUCUUACAAGGAAUGCCCGAAGACAAACUCCUCUUUGCCAGGGAAACGCAAAAGGACAGGCAAGAUCUCGCUGGAAAUGCUAUGUCAACUACUGUCAUCGGCGCAUCAAUCAUAGCUGCUCUAAUCAGCAGCCACACGUCGUUCAGGCAAGGGAUAGUCCAACAAUCAGCUUCAGUCUCUGGUCCCGAACCAGAGUCACGCCUUGUCGCUCCGGGAUCAGCCGAAGAAAUCACCAUACUUCCACCGAAUCUGGGAGAUUUGGAUCUCGAUGAGCUUCUUGAUGAUGCGCGAAACAGUGCGCGGCUUUGUCAGUGCGAGGGAGCCAAACAUGUCUCACAGACUGCUAUCCAGAUUUGCGGAUCCUGUGGCCACAGUGCAUGCUCCUCCUGCGCAGGAAAUCCGAAACAUGCCUAUGCCAACACGAUGCCGCGGGACAUUCGAAUUCCACCAAACGAUUUUGAGAAUAAGUGGAGACCACGACUACCCGCGCAACUACAUCUGGACCAAUUUGAGGACCUCUCGCAUGCCUUCCGCCAGUUAGGGAAGGCCGCUCAUGUGGCAAAAUGGACGGCCAUAGUGGUUUCAGAAACAAAGCCAUCGAAUCCGUUCUUCAUGUCGACAUUCCAAAGAAAAGAGCAGCAUUGGACUAUUGUCUAUCGCUCGGUCACAAAUGCCCGGCUGGAGCUUGAGAUUGGGAACCAAGUGAAAUGGUUUCUCUAUGUUAACAGUCCCCGUUCAGAGAGUAGCAAGAGCGAAUUGCGGAUGUUGUGCAAAAACCCACUAGCUAGAGGAAUAGCUAAGGGUACUAUGCUUGAUGUAGAGUGGGAGGUGUUUAUUCCCGCCCAAAGAAGCUCUACAUUGACGCUCACCGGAUCCUCUGAUAGACGAAGUUCUUGGAGAAGCCGACUUGGACUUCUGGCUUACCGCGACGAGACUGUUCCAAUACGCAUUGAGGUCCAAUCCUCCCACAAUGAGGCUGUUGCUAAGCGUCUCUGCGGUACGUAUGAAUUGCUACCCCAUUGCUCAUCCGCCAUGUCUAGCCUCUACAAGCGGUCGUUCGGGAAACCGCUGUACCUUUUCCUGGAUCCUGACCCAAUCGGCCCUAAUGAAAAGGAUUCAUUUGUUUUUUCCGAGACUCAUCGCCGCAUUGCCUUUGAGGAUCACCGUAUUAUUUCGGCGCAGCUUUCUUCAAAUUGGCGGCCUUGGAACUUGGAGUCUGGAAAUGAAAAGAGCACGCAGAUUAAGAUCGAUAUACCAGGAACCUGGCGGCCCGCAACUAUCAAGUUAUCGACACCUGCCUCGCCAGUAAUCGCGCGUGUGCCUUCAGCCGCUGAGAUAUCGACAUGUUGCCAUGGGGAUUGCGGCCAUGCAAUCACCGUACUCGAUGUUGAAGCGACGACACCCGUAGAUACUCGAGACUAUUUGGGCUACUCCUGGAUCUUGGAGCAUGCCAGACGAAGGCCAACCUUGCACACCUGGAAUGCAUAUGACGCAACAUGUCCACGUAUCGCAUGUACCUGCGCGCCACAGCCACCACGCACCCUUUGGCAUGUAAAUGAGGAUGGGGCCGCGAAAGCAGCGGAAGAUCGGCAAGCAGCCGCCCAUUUCGAGCGAGCCCUCAAGACAAGACCCCCAGUCUUCAGUAUCAAGGCGGCCUCGGAUUCAGACGGCUCACGCGUUGAGAUAGGCCUAAACAUCGCUACCUUGGUACACCGCGCAAGAAACCGGCUGUCGAGCCUCAACAAUUGUCGCACGGCAUGGCGGCUUGUAACAAAUCACGUCGAUCCUGCUUGGGAACCCUUCAACAAGUUUUACUUGACGAGCAAUUCUGAAGAUGAACCCUAUAACGGACCCCUCCGCCUCGAAUUGGAACUUGUCGACGCCCAAAAGAAGUCCCUGGCAUGGAUGCGUAAUCAGGAACUUGGAAAAUCAUUAACAGUGACUGAAGUUGAAGAAGAAGUCAACCACGAUCUCGGCUGGAGGGCUGAAGCAUUAGCACAGGCGGAGGUGACCGUACGUGGAGGUGUCCUUGCAGAUCUCCCUUCUUUUGGGAAGACAGUGACUACGAUUGGUCUCAUCCACAGUUAUUUCGAAACUCGUCUGGCCAUCAAGGAGGCCAGCAAAUCGCCAGCAUUGAUUGAUGUUGCUGCAACACUGAUCGUUUGCCCUGCGCAUUUGGUUAAGCAGUGGCGAACAGAGUUUGAGAGAUUCCUUAGACCUAAGCAUUACAGACUCUACAACGUGCUCCUCAUCGAAACCUUCGAACAACUUCGGCAACUGUCAGUUAAGGACGUUAGGGAAUCUCGCGCUAUUAUUCUGUCUUGGAGAGUACUAGCCGACGAACAAUACAUCGCCCAGCUGGCACAGUUCACGGCGGUCCCAGAGCCGACUACAACGCGAGGUCGUGCAUUCGAUGCAUGGUUGGACUACGUCACAGAACAGAUCCCUAGUAGGGUCCAAGAACUCACUUCAAAAGGACCUGCCCACUUCGAAAGCCACACGGAUGAAGCACUCAAGGCUCGUCUUAAGAAUCCAGAGUUCCAGGCAACCGUGCCUCUGAAGGUCCUGCACGGAAGUGCAUACCAAUCUCACAAAGAAAAAGGAUUACAGUCAAGCGCAAAGACUACGGGGAAGACCAAGUCGGCUCCUAGUCACACCAGGAAACGAACAGUGUACAAGGAAGACGCAGAGUGGUCGUCGUACCAAGGACCGGUCUUGCAAAUGUUCAACUUUGAUCGCCUGGUGGUUGAUGAGUAUCACUAUCUUCUCGAACAGGACAAAGACAGCUAUCCGUCUUACUCAUCCAUCAAGCGCAUGUCGGCUGGCAAACGCUGGCUGUUGUCAGGCACUCCUGCUCUGGGGAGCUUCGCCGAAGUGAAUCAAAUCGCUAGUUUGCUGGGGACAACAUUAGGCCGGCAUGUAUUUGGGCCGAAGAUGACCAAGAUGGAGCGUAGGGCCAUGGAAGACCAGACCGACGUGGAAAAGUUCCUAUCCCAGACCGAAGUGAUGUCGUACCAGUGGCAUCAAGCGCGGCAUCAACGCGCGCAGGAGUUCUUGAAUCUGUUUGUCCGGCAGAACGAGCCAUGCCUCCGUCAUAUCGAGUGCGCCGAGGUUCUCCGUCCGAUUGAGCUUGAUAUCGCUCACCAGUCUGUUUAUCUUGAACUGUCACAGCACUUGAUCUCUCAGAAGAUGAUGGUCAAGAAGCUCAAGGCGAACGACAAGUCCGACCGCACUGAAAGGCUACAUGCUAGCCUCAACGGCUCAAGUACGGCAGAAGAAGCACUGUUGAAAGCUGCUCUGCAUUUCCAAACAGAGGCUGGUUCAACACCCCGGGGUGGUUCAGCGUCCGGCUUGAGCAGUCUUCUGUCAAAGCGUAAAGAACAGAUCCUUGACACUAAGGAGGAGAUCCUCGGAUGGAUCGCUAAGGCAGAAAACGCGCGGAGACAAGAGGGCAAUGAGCCUUAUCAAAGCUUCAAACUAGCUGUCCUGUCAGGCGAGAAUGUGCUUGGUGACGGGGAGGCGGAUCAGGAGGUCCGUGACCUGUUGAAGGCUGGAAGCGAGGGCAAAAAGAAGGGAUCUACGGUAGAUUUCAAGCGGCUAACCUCGAAUCUGGGCGUACUUUCUAAAGAGCUGACUCUGCGCAUGAGAUCACUGAGGUUUAUUGACACGAUCAACUCUCUCCUCCCAGUACUGACGAUGGGAGAAUCGAGCGACAGUGGAACUCGCCAAUGUGCCUCACCCAAUUGUCCGGGCACGGAACCUGCCGAGCUCUUUCUGGUGUCUGAUUGCGGACAUCUAGCUUGCCAGUCCUGUCUGGAUGCCCGAGCAGAUAGCGAAGCUUGCGUGAGGAGCGACUGCGAUGUCCACGUGCACGGCACGAAUCUGGUCAGAAUUUCCUCUCUAAGAUCGGGCCAAAGAGCAUCAAGAGAGAUGAGCUUUGGAGCGAAGCUGGAUGCUAUCGCCGACCUUAUACUUGGACUACCGAAACAGGACCAAGCCAUCGUAUUCGUGCCCAACGAUGAGGUCCUGGAUGCAAUGGAGGAAGUACUCGAGCACCACAGGAUUAGUUACUAUGCAGUGACUAGAAGUAAGAGAUCAUCAGCAGGGGUGCUGGAGGACUUCAAGAACCAGACCGAUCCUAAGAAGCGGAGGAAGGUCUUGAUUCUCAAUCUUGACGACGAGUCUGCAUCUGGCGUCAACCUUGUCAAUGCAAAUCACGUUAUCUUUGCCGCUCCGCUCCUCGCAGAAAGCCAGUAUAAGUACGAUUCGUCGAUGGUUCAAGCCAUAGCGCGCUGUCGGCGCUAUGGGCAGAAGAAGAAGGUUCACAUCUACCACUUCGCAGCCCUGCGCACGAUCGACGUCGACAUUCUGGAGCACCGGCAUAAGCGCGUGGAUGCCGUCUUCGAGAGUGAAUCUCAAGCACCGUUGGCAAUCGAACCGUCUGCGAAGAAAGAGAAGACGAAGCUCAUCCGCAAUGCCGCGGGAUUGACGGGUCUGGUCCCCAUUUCUUGGCUGAGAGACGAGGCUAAACGCGAAGAGCUGGGGUUGGUGGAGGGGGAACUGGAGAGUUUUACUUCUCUUAUCGACUUCUCUGAUACCUUCAAGGAUGACGAGGAUUGA